AUUGACCCUUUAGAAUGAAGUAUCAGGAGACAUCGGAGUCAAUUUCUAUGCAAAGCCGCACUAGUCCUCUCCUAUCCGCUUCUCCGCGGGGACUCUGUAGCUUGCAUUUUCCGUGGUUGCCAGUAAACUGUGGGAUCUUCUUUCCGAAGGCAAACAAAAAGGAAAAGAAAAACACUCUUCCCUCUCCGCCUUUUACGGAGGGUGGGGGAGAGAGAGAGGAAAUUUUUUUACGUCAUUUUUUAAACGUCAUAAGCAAAUCUCUUCUUUUCCAUCUUCUAUAUAAAAUUGCAACCAGCCCAACCUACGCCUUCCCCUUCUUUGAGUUCUUUCUCGUCUUUCCCUUCGGCACCCCACCUUUGUGAGCUUGCCUUUUUGCAUAGCUUUUGUGCACCGGCACAUUUUCCUUCAGCUUUCAAGUUAAUGCAAUAAUACCAAACCCGCAUUUCACUGCUUCCCUCAAAAGUCUCUCUCUGUUUCUGCUCUGUAACACCUCCUUGAUUUUCUUUCAACGCCUGUAAUUCUCGAUUUUUGCAUCAAAUUUGAGCUAUUUUUUGCUCAAUUUUGUCUGGGGUCAGAACUUGCUUUCGUUUUGUGCCGCCAUUUUUCCCGUGUCAUCUUCUUCUUCUUCUUUGUUUUUUUUUUUUUUUUUUCAAAAAUUUCGGCAUAAAGUUGAAUUGUUAUAGAUGGAAAAGGAGUUCUUUUUCAAUUCAGGAAUACCACCGUCAUUGAACUUUGAACCAUCGUCGUUGCUGUCGAUGCCCGUGUGGCAACCAGUUACAUCGGCCAUGGAAAUCCAAACCCCGGAACUGAACCCGUCGUCGGACCGUUUUUUCCAUCCCAAUUUGGAAAAGUCAACGGAUAAGUGUAUGCACUUGGAUUCGGCACUGAGUUCAAUGGUCUCGUCGCCGGCGGCAUCAAAUUCAGGCAUCUAUAAUGACAGCUCUGUCUUUACAGAACUGAUAGGAAAAUUGGGCAAUAUUUGCAGCUCCGGGGAGAUCAUUCCGCAGUUGCAGGCAGUGCAAGGGAAAGCCGAGCCGGUGGUACCUGCUUCUGUUUCUCCUUCUUACAUUGCUGGAAAUAACAUUAGCAGUACUAGCACCUCCCGUUACGCCACCCCUUUGAAUUCCACUCCAAAUUUGCCAAUGAUGGACCGCCUUGUGAAGAACUUACCUUGUUUGGGGAAUUUGAUGCCCAUGAAUUCCAUUGUGGCAGAAUUCUCUUCUGAUCCCGGAUUCGCCGAGAGGGCUGCCAAGUUCUCUUGUUUUGGCAGCAGAAGUUUCAAUGGUCGGACGAGCCAAUUCAGCCAAAACAAUUCAGAAUCCUCCCAUAGAUCCAAUCCGUUAACGGAAAAUGGCAUGCUCCCAAGAGUUUCGAGCAGUCCAUUGCUCAAGGUGGCAGGAUUUCAAAUGAGUCUUCCUGGAAACAAGAUUCCUCCAUUGCCGGAUGGAACUGAGAUUGCAAUGAGGUCUGCCUCUGGAUCACCUCUACCUGCUGAUAUAAAAUUCAGCAGAUCAUCAGGUUCUAUUCCCAGUCACACUGAAUUUGCCAACUCUCAAGAGGAAUCCUCUGUUUCUGAACAAAUCCCGAGUGGGGAAACCGGCAUGAAAGCUUCAAGUGAUUUGAAUUCCAGGAAAAGAAAGGCAGCUUCAAGAGGAAAGAUAAAGGAGCUUUCAUCAACCCCUUCUGUCAAAGCUACACAGGUUCAAGAACCACCCAGCGAGGAUGCAAAUGCAAAACGAUGCAGGAGGGCUGAAGCUACCGAGGGAAAUGAAAGUGGAACAGUUAAAACAGGGGAAGAAACGAAGAAGGGAUGCACUGCUGCUGCAGAGGAAUGGGAUCAGAAGCAAGCCAAGCCUGUUCCCAAGCCUCCAGAGCCCUCAAAAGACUACAUUCAUGUUAGAGCAAGAAGGGGUCAAGCUACUGAUAGCCACAGUCUUGCAGAAAGAGUUCGUAGAGAAAAGAUUAGCGAAAGAAUGAAACUUCUGCAAGAUCUAGUACCCGGCUGCAAUAAGGUCACCGGGAAAGCACUUAUGCUCGAAGAAAUUAUAAAUUAUGUUCAGUCGUUGCAGCGUCAAGUUGAGCUCUUGUCAAUGAAGCUGGCUUCUGUAAAUUUCAGGCCUGAUUUUAACAUCGAGAGUCUGCUCCCAAAGGAUACAUUUCAACAAGCGAACAGUAGUACGCCACAUCCAAUAUGCCCAUUAGAUUCCUCGGCAGCAACUUUCUAUGGGCAGCAGACCCAGGCAAUCCCACCACUGCAGAGCAAUUUUCCGAAUGGGGCAGUGGCUCGGUGUUCUUCAGGGGAACCACUGGACAGCACACUAUGCAGAAACCUAAGCAUGCAACUGCCUCCACUUAGUGGAUUCGGCGAAGGUCUUCCUCAGCUUCCAACAUGCCAGGAUGACCUGCAAAGCAUUGUUCAGAUGGGGUUUGGAAACAAUGCAAACCAGGAAACAGCUUUUCAGCAACAGAGCCUCCAUGGUCAGUACAAUUAUCCAAUAUGAAAAAUGUGCUCUGAUCACCUUUUAUUAGUCCUGAAUUUGAAGGCCGCAGACUGGUGCAUGUACAUACGAAAGAUUUUGGUGGGACUGGAGGACUGGCUAAUUAUUGGUUAAUCCUUCCAUAUUUUAAGCAAGUUCUUAGCUAGCUGCCACUAAAUUUGAUCUCUUUUUUUUGGUCAAUCUUCUCAAUUAUUACUAUUAUUAUUAUUAUUAUAAUUUUUUUUAAUCUUAUUAUUAUUUGCUUGUAAAAUUUUAGACCCAAUCUGUCAUUUGUUGCAAAGUCUUAAAGAGCACCUACAUGGACGUUUUGUAAGAUACAUUGUUAAAUGGAAGAAAUUAAAGUGAAAUGGUGGGAUUUUUUUCCAUCAUCUUUACAAA